UAAACCCAUAGGCCAUGGCUUUUGUGCACAUCUAUUAGAAAUGCUGAGUCAGCACCCUGAAAUUCCAGGCUACCUUUUCAUUUUUUUCUUUUCUCAUUUCUCAGUUCUUCGACGUUUAUACUCUCCAAACUCCCCAUUUUACUCUCACUGCAAAUUCUGACUUCACUGAAAUUUUUGCAUAUUCCUAUUCAUCUGGUGUAGUUUCUCUGCUUGAGAAGAUCUUGUAAUGUGGCAGAUUGUGUUGCUCACUUGUGGAGAAAAGAAAUAUGUUGUAUGCUUCACGGUUUAUGUUAUAAACAGAAAAAAGGGUAACUAUGCUUUGGAGGCCCUUCGUUGUAUUCCUUUCAUGAAUAUGGAGAGUGGUGGAGGGAUUGCAGAAGUAUUUUUGAGAAACUACAGAGUUGGAAAAACUCUUGGGCAUGGUUCAUUUGGAAAGGUAAAAAUCGCUGAACAUAUUCGGACAGGGCAUAAAGUGGCAAUUAAAAUCCUUAACCGUCGGAAGAUGAAAAGCCCAGACAUGGAGGAAAAAGUGAGAAGAGAGAUCAAAAUAUGUCGAUUAUUUGUGCAUCCACAUGUGAUACGCCUCUAUGAGGUUAUAGAGACACCAGCAGAUAUAUAUGUUGUGAUGGAGUAUGUGCCCCGUGGCGAGCUCUUUGAUUAUAUUGUUGAAAAGGGAAGGUUACAAGAGAAUGAAGCACGUCACUUUUUUCAGCAGAUUGUUGCAGGUGUGGAGUAUUGCCAUAGGAAUAUGGUUGUCCAUCGCGACCUGAAGCCUGAGAAUUUGCUUUUAGAUCUAAAAGGAAACGUGAAGAUAGCCGAUUUUGGCUUAAGCAACAUUAUGCGUGAUGGACAUUUCCUGAGAACAAGUUGUGGAAGCCCAAACUACGCUGCUCCCGAGGUUGUGUCAGGAAAACUUUAUGCGGGGCCAGAGAUAGAUAUUUGGAGUUGUGGUGUUAUCUUGUAUGCUCUUCUUUGUGGUGCUCUUCCAUUUGAUGAUGAGAAUAUCCCCAACCUCUUCAAAAAAAUAAAGAGUGGACUGUAUACUCUUCCAAGUCAUUUGUCGCCUGGAGCUCGUGAUUUAAUUCCAAGAAUGCUGGUCGUGGACCCAAUGAAGAGGAUAACAACUUCUGAAAUACGUCAGCACCCUUGGUUCAAAGCUUAUCUUCCUCGUUAUUUAGCUGUAACUCCACCGAAUGCUGUAGAACAUUUAAAAAAGCUUGAUGCGGAAAUUAUUCAAAAAGUUGUUAUGAUGGGAUUUGAUGGGAACCAGCUGAUUGAAUCACUUCAGAACAGACUACAAAAUGAUGCCACUGUUGCAUACUAUCUUUUAUUUGACAACAGAUCCCCCGUUUCGUCUGGCUAUCUAGGCGCUGAAUUUCAGGAGUCCAUGGAGACUUGUUCCACGGGACUUUCUUCGGACGCCAAUAAACGCAGCUUUCCGAUUGGUGCAAAUAUGUUACCACAGUUGUCAAGAACAAAGCAAUGGGUUGUUGGAUUUCAGUCAGCAGCACGUCCGCGUGAUAUAAUGACCCAGAUUCUUGGAGUUUUGCAAAGACUAAAUGUGAGGUGGAAAAAAAUUGGUCACUAUAACAUGAAAUGUCUGUUCAUUCACGGUAUUCAGAAGCCAGAGAGCAUGAUUACCAUUAAUCACAUUAUUGACAACCAUUAUAUUGAUGGUAUAGCUCCUGUAAGGGCAAAUAUGUCCCAGCAGCAGCAUGUGGUGAAGUUCGAAAUUCAGGUAUACUAUUUGUAGCAUCUAAUCUCUAUAAAAUUUUCUUCUAUAUAUAUCCAAAUAGCCAGGAAAACUAGGUGUGCUUUAUCUAGAGGGUUCUAGUCCCUUUUGAGUAAUCACAUUUCAGAAGAUGCUACUAAUUAUAUGUGCAAAUUCUGGGAUAAGAGCAUUUAAGUUCAAAAGUUUGUCAUAGGUUUCCCCAUAAUUGCUUCAAGAAAACCAAGGAAGCCUCUGCUUGUUUUAUGUUGUUCUUACAAAUCUGUACCGACAUAGUAAAAGAUUAUUGUUGUCCUCAAUAACUCAAUACGACAGAGAAAAUUAUAUCCAUACAAAUACCCCUUGAGCAGGUGGAACUUUUUUUUUUUUUUUUAUAAAA